AUGCCUUCAAACGAAUCCGCUUCCCAAGGGACUGGCGACUUACUGCUGCCAAAUAUUCCGUCACAUGCUAAUCGUCAACUACGUGUGAUCUGUGCCGGUGCCGGUGCUUCAGGAAUCUAUUUGGCCUACCGGUUGAAAAAGGAUUUCACAGAUUUUACCCUCGAUAUCUAUGAGAAAAACGCCGAUAUCGGAGGAACCUGGUUGGAGAAUAGAUAUCCGGGCUGUGCGUGCGAUGUUCCAGCCCAUAAUUAUACAUACUCAUUUGAGCCAAAAUGGGACUGGUCUGCAAACUAUGCUGGAUCUGAAGAGAUCUAUCAGUAUUUCUCCAACUUCGUGGACAAUUAUGCACUGCGGGAGUAUAUCAGUUGCAGACAUGAAGUCGUCCGGGCAGAGUGGGACGAGGAAAAGGCAGAAUGGAUUGUUCACAUCAAGAAAGGGAACGGGGCCAUCUUUUUCCAGCGAUGUGACUUCUUCAUCAGUGCUGCUGGGAUCCUGAACUCGUGGCGUUGGCCCGCAAUCCCGGGGCUUCAUAGUUUCAAUGGCACACUGCUACAUAGUGCCAACUGGGACCAAACUGUUGACCUUAAAGGAAAGCAUGUCGGACUAAUUGGCAACGGAUUCUCCCACAAGUUCAACCAGCCUACCUGGGUGAACCCAUCUAUGGCCGGAGGGGGCCAAGUGGUGUACACAGAAGAAGAAAAGCGCAAGUACCGCGAUGAGAAAUGCACGUUGCUAGAGAUGAGGAAGAAGAGUGAAUCUCUGAUGACGGGAGCAUUUCCCAUGUUUAUCCGAGGAUCACUGACCAAUGCACACGCCACAACUCAUAUCAAGGAGGAGAUGCGCGGCAAGAUCAACGAUGACGCCCUGGCGGAUAAACUGAUCCCCAAUUUUUCGCUCGGCUGUAGACGUUUUACACCUGGGAUCAACUACCUCGAGAGUUUGACUCUACCGAACGUAAAGACGGUCUAUGGCGAGAUUACCAGAGUCACCCCAGAAGGGUGUGUGACCGAUAACAAUGAGGAGCAUUCUCUUGAUGUUCUCAUUUGUGCGACAGGAUUCGAUACAACCUUCAAGCCUCGCUUCCCGGUCAUCGGCCGCAAUGGAAAGAAUCUGCAAGACGAAUGGGCCACAGAUCCCGAAAGCUAUCUUGGUAUUGCUGCCCAUGGAUUUCCAAAUUAUUUCAUGUUCCUUGGGCCCAACUGCCCUGUGGGUGUUGGACCGGUUCUCAUCGUUAUAGAGGCACAAGGCACCUAUUUUGCUGAGGUGUUGAAUCGCUGGCAGAAACAAGACAUACGGGCGCUGGAGCCCAGAAAAGAAGCUGUACGUGACUUCAUCGAUCACAAAGACCAGUUCAUGCAGAAUACGACGUGGACAACGAACUGCCAGUCUUGGUACAAAAACCCGCAGACGGGGAAAAUUACCGCUCUCUGGCCCGGAAGCACAUUGCAUUAUCUGCAGGCCUUGUCUGAUAUUCGAUACGAUGACUAUUGUGUCACAUACCUUGGAGGAAACCGCUUUUCCUACUUGGGCAAUGGCUUCAGUCAGCUCGAAUUGAAUCCAUCAGCAGAUGUUGCUUAUUAUGUUCGGGAGACAGAUGAUGGAACAUCAGUUCUGAAGGGGACCAUGAGCACAUUCAACACAAAGGAUGGGGCAGCGAAGCUCAUGACAACAAGAAAGUUUUCUUAG